AUGAAGAACGAGGCCGAGGCUCCUUUGAGCCUUCCAAGCUGGUUUCCAAAGCUUGAGGGUAAAUCCAACUGGUCUUCUUGGAGGAAAGGCCUCCAAGAAGCUUUCCAAACUGUGGACCCCAUAUCCUGGGACAUACUCAUGAACAAAGCGGGCGACGUCAUCAAGCCAGAGCCUAUCAUUACCACAGAUGGGGAUAGCUGGAGAGAUCAAUCCAUGGAAAGCUCCAUGGGUAGUUCCUUGGACAUUGAUAGCUCUGAUUAUUCGGACUCUGAGGUUGUCGAAGUCCACGACGUUGACCAGGCGCUGUUCUCUCAGCGAGGUCCCCGCGUAUUCUACCGAGGUCCCACCGAAAAUCCACGAAUCCUAAAUAUUCGUGCCCGCGAUCUCCUUGUCUCUGGUCUUGGUGAGGGGCCAUUGUCAGAGAUCCAGCAAGUCACAAAUGCACACGAAGCUUAUAUCAAGCUGGAAAGCCUGUAUGGCAAGACUUCGGCUCAGUCCGUGCACAUUGCAUGGGAGAAGUUCAGCAGAGUUCGUUAUUCUACCAGGGGUCUUACCCCGGCUGCAUUCGUCGAUCGCUUCAAGAAGAGCCUCCAAGAUGUCAAAGACCAAUGUGUGGAAGUCCCUCCAACCGUGGAGCUUGCCCAGUUUCAACAGGCAAUCAAGCCUAAUCCGCACUCGACCACAUUCAUGGCAGAUUUGAAAGUGGACAUCUACGAUCCGAGGCUUAUGGAACUGGUCUACCAAAGUUUUUUGAAGAAUCAAUCGCAAUGA